AUGUCUACAGCAUAUGUCAACUUCUUCGGCGGUUCGCCCCUGAACCGCCUCUCAUGGCUGCGCACGUCGCCAAACUUUCUCAAUGCGAUUGCACUCAGACCCACUACGCGCUGGCUGUUGUUCCAGGGUGGCCAACCGCUGCUGCUCUCCGAGCCCAUCACGCGCAAGCGAUCGCUAGCACGGCUCUCAACUGCGGACGUGCGCCCUCUCCUCGGCUCGGAACCAUUCUUCUCGCAGGGACAGGUUGAAGGAGAGCACGCGCCAUCUGACGUCCUAGUUUUGGAAUCUGCGCGACUUCGCGGCCCUCCGCUUGUAUUCCUCGGUUUGCAUGAGCCUCAGGCGGUCGGAGGCGAGGCGGAUGCUUUACCGUCGUCCGAGUUCAGCGCGAAAAGUGAUGCAGAGACUGUCAUCGCGAAUCUUACAGGCACACCAUAUUUCUCUCUGGACGUGACUCAGGUAGAGCAAACCGUGUUGGACAAGACCCUGCUGGCGUCGGAGCCUGCUAAGGCAGGCGCUGAGCUGACGUUCUUCGAGCCGCGCGGCGCAAUGGCAUACAUGGACGCGUUCGAGAAGGGUCUGCACAACUUUGCCCACCCGCGCACGGAUGCCGUUGUUAUUAUGGCUAUAAUCGACGAAGCCGGAGAGAAAGUCCUGCUUGGGAGAAACAGGAAAUGGCCUGAGAAAUUCUACUCCGCACUUGCCGGGUUCAUGGAGCCCGGCGAGAGCUUCGAGGAUGCCGUCAAGCGAGAGAUAUGGGAAGAGGUCGGUGUACGCGUCUGGAACGUACAGUAUCACUCUACACAGCCCUGGCCAUACCCGGCAAGCCUCAUGGUCGGCUUCUACGCCACUGCGGACUCGUCGCAGCCACUACGCAAAGACCUGGACAAUGAGCUCGAGGACGCACAAUGGUGGACACGCGAGCAGGUCCUACAGGUUCUCAGCAAUGCCGCGGGUACCAACUUAACGGACAAGGACCACAGCAGAAUCUCGGAAGCGCAGGAGCAGCAGGAGCAGCACGACCACGAGGCGCUCAAGUCAUCCACUGCGAACGCGCGGGCGGGCGAAGCGUUGCCCAAGGACGGGAAAGCGCAGGUUGAGAAUAGCUCUGCCAGCGGGCUAGAUGAGGUGCCGUUUAGAAUCCCGCCGUUGACUGCCGUUGCGGGCGUGCUAGUGAACGAAUGGGCAUACCGCCGUGCGGGACCGGGAUCAGGCGUUGCUGGGCAGUCGAAGUGA